AUGGAAACAAAAAACAAUGUUUUAUUAGAUUGUUCUCCCCAAAAUGGAUAUAGAGUAAUAUUAAUGCUAGGCUGCACUGUUUUAUCAUGGAUUCUCAUCCACAGAUGGAGCCAGAGAAAUAAGAAAGGUCCCAAAACAUGGCCCCUUGUGGGAGCUGCCAUUGAACAGUUCCUAAACUAUGACAAAAUGCAUGAUUGGCUUGUUCAAUAUUUCUCUGAAUUGAGGACUGUUGUGGUUCCAAUGCCCUUCACCACCUAUACUUACAUUGCAGACCCUGCUAAUGUGGAGCAUGUUCUCAAGACCAACUUUGCUAAUUAUCCCAAGGGUGAGACUUACCAGUCUUACAUGGAAGUACUACUUGGAGAUGGGAUUUUUAAUGUGGACGGCGAGUUGUGGAGAAAACAAAGAAAGACUGCAAGCUUUGAAUUUGCAUCCAAGAAUUUGAGGGACUUUAGCACCAUAGUCUUCAGAGAUUAUAGCCAAAAGCUCCAUGGUAUUCUUAGCCGAGCAUCUUUCCAGAACCAAGUAGUUGAUAUGCAGGAAUUGUUAAUGAGGAUGACUUUGGAUUCUAUAUGCAAAGUGGGAUUUGGUGUAGAAAUUGGAACUUUGGCUCCAAAUCUACCAGAAAACAACUUUGCUCAAGCUUUUGACACUGCAAACAUCAUUGUGACAUUACGUUUCAUCGAUCCACUAUGGAGAAUAAAGAGAUUUUUUAAUGUUGGUUCAGAAGCUUUACUUGAUAAGAGCAUUAGUACCAUUGAUGAUUUUACAUAUUCUGUUAUUCGAAGAAGGAAAAAAGAGAUCAAAGAAGCUCGUGAAAGCUGCAAAGAUAGCAAGCAUGACAUACUGUCAAGAUUCAUUGAGUUAGGUGAAGAUUAUGAAAAUCAUUUUACUGACAAAGGCCUCAGAGAUGUUGUGCUUAACUUCGUAAUUGCUGGCCGGGAUACCACAGCAACAACUCUUUCAUGGGCUAUAUACAUGAUAAUGACACAUCCCCACGUAGCUGAAAGGCUCUAUUCAGAGCUCAAAACUCUCGAACAAGAUCAAGCAAGAGAAGAGAAUGUGUCGUUGCUCGAAUACAACACUGACGACCCUGAUUCGUUCAAUGAAAGAGCAAGACAAUUCGCAGGGCUCUUGAGUUAUGAUGCACUGGGAAAGUUGUACUAUUUGCAUGCAGUUAUCACAGAGACACUACGUUUGUAUCCUGCUGUUCCCCAGGAUCCAAAGGGAAUAUUGGAGGAUGAUGUGUUACCAGAUGGAACAAAAGUUAAGGCAGGAGGUAUGGUCACUUAUGUUCCCUACUCAAUGGGAAGAAUGGAGUACAACUGGGGUCCAGAUGCAGCUUCAUUCAACCCUGAGAGAUGGCUCAAAGAUGGUUUCUUCCAAAAUGCAUCCCCAUUUAAGUUCACAGCAUUUCAGGCUGGACCAAGAAUAUGCCUAGGGAAGGACUCUGCUUACCUUCAAAUGAAGAUGAGUUUGGCCAUUUUGUGUAGAUUUUAUAAGUUCACUUUGGUGCCUGGUCAUCCGGUGGAGUACAGAAUGAUGACUAUUCUUUCAAUGGCACAUGGUUUGAAGGUCAACAUCGCCAGACUUCCUUAG